UAGAUCUCAACACAAGUUGUGGUUGAUAUCCAAUCUCUCCACUUGCACUGCAAAAAAAGAGAGCAAAUUAAAUUCACAUCAACAUAUCAAAUACUACUUAAUGUUUCCCUCCUCUUCAUCCCCCUAGCUCCAAGUCACUCGAAGAAAAGGAGAAGAAGCGUCCAUUUCUCCUCUCAAUUUCUUCAUGCAGUCAAUAUUUAUACCAAUAUAGUUGCACCAUAGUCAUAGUAUAUUUGAUAUAUCUAUACAGAGUGCAGACUUGUUAACCUUUUUUUAAGGUUCCUUUUGAGUUCUUUUUUGGGAUUAAUGCUAGCUGUGUCACCCUUCAGAAACACUGCAACCACCAAGGAUGAGAGCCAAGAACAGAUGGAGAGUUAUUCUACUAUUGUCAAUGGCGAGUUCCCGGACUUCUGCGAUGGGGACUUGCUCGAAAGCAUCGAUUUCGAUGAUCUUUUCGUCAGUAUUAAUGAAAAGGAUGUGUUGCCAAAUUUGGAGAUGGUUCCCGAAAUCCUUGCUGAAUUCUCAGUUAGUGGUAGCGGAGGCGAGGAAUCGGAUGUAAACACAUCUAUGUCGAAUGAGAAAGUGGAGGACAAUAGUAUUCGAAGGAAAGAUGAGGAAGAUAAGUUUUCAGGUUCAGGUUUGGACUCGAGUUUGAGUAGUAGAGGAGAGGAGAUUGUGAGUAAGAAAGACGAGUCCGUGGUUGUUAAUCCGGUGCCCAGCGAAGAUGGUGAAAAGGGAAGAAAGCCAACAACACAAGGGAAGAACAACAAUAAUCAAAGGAAGAGGAAAAUGAAGGUGGAUUGGACACCAGAGCUGCACAGGAGGUUCGUGCAAGCAGUGGAGCAGCUAGGGGUGGAUAAGGCAGUGCCUUCGAGGAUUUUAGAACUUAUGGGAAUUGACUGUCUCACUCGCCAUAAUAUUGCUAGCCAUCUUCAAAAAUAUCGAUCGCACCAGAAACAUUUGCUAGCGCGUGAGGCCGAGGCAGCAAGCUGGAGUCAAAGACGGCUAAUGUAUGGAACCGCUGCCGCGUCUGGUGGAGGUGGAAAGACGGACAUAAGUGCAUUGCAUGCACCCACCAUGGGGUUCCCUCCUAUAAUCCCCAUGCACCACCACUUCAGACCGUUACAUGUAUGGGGACAUCCCUCCAUGGACCAGUCCCUAAUGCAUAUGUGGCCUAAACAUCUAGCUCAUUCUCCUUAUUCACCGCUGCCGCCGCCACCUACAUGGAACCAGCCAGACCCUUCAUAUUGGCACCACCACGCCCACCAAAGGGGUCCAAAUGUACUAAACCCAGGGACACCAUGCUAUCCACAGCCACCAGCAACUAGAUUUCAUGCACCUCCUGUCCCAGGAAUCCCACCUCAUGCCAUGUACAAAGUAGAUCCCGGCACUGGCGUUCCAGCCAGACAUAAUUCAGGCCCCGACCCUUUCUUAGACUUUCAUCCGACAAAAGAGAGUGUCGAUGCAGCUAUUGGUGAUGUUUUAUCGAAGCCAUGGCUGCCACUCCCUCUUGGACUGAAACCUCCAGCUACUGAUAGUGUUCUAGUGGAGCUGCAAAAGCAAGGAGUUCCAAAGAUACCACCAACGUGAGCUUGAACCCUAGAGAACAUCCCGAAUUCCAAGGCAGUUUCUUCAUCACCAGCCUUCAAGACCACCAAAAAAACCCCUAAAUUCGACGACAUUUCAUAUAUUAGAUGUUCACAUACAUCUAAUGAGCGAGUUUUUCUUCUUAACUUGCCCCCUCCCUUCAUUAGUUCUUGACUAAAUGAAACUGGGUAUUGCUUUCUUGUUCUUGUUCUUGCAAGAACAAACUUUGUUCAUUAAUCGACUUGGAAAUUAAAUAUAGUUUUUGUAAUA